CGCCGCUCUAGCCGCCUCCUCUAUGCUCCAGCCCGGGAGGGGGAACUUCCGGUUCCCACGGGUCCGUCGCGCUUUGCGCUCCCGGUGUCCCCGCCGGUGUUUCCCGUGUCCCGCCGUGGUUUCCCGUGUCCCGCCGGGGUUUCCCGUGUCCCCGCCGGUGUUCCCGGUGUCCGCCGGUGUUUCCGGUCCCCCGCCGGUGCUUCCGGGCGGCCAUGGGCGCGCACCUGGCGCGGCGCUACCUCGGGGACGGGGAGGUCGAGCCGGACCCGUUGAACAUGCCGACGUUCACCCCGGAGCUGGGGCUGCCGGGCCGGGCCCCGCGCGCCCCGGGCUGCUCGGCGCAGCAGCUGGCCGCGGCGCGAGUGCCCCUGGAGCAGCGCGACUACUGCGGGCAGCACCUGCUGCGCCUGCUGCGCUGCCACCGCGACGCCUUCCCCGUGCCCUGGGCCUGUCACCACCUGCGCCACCGCUGGGACAGCUGCCAGCACCGCGACUACGUGAUGCGCAUGAAGGAGUUUGAGCGCGAGCGGCGGCUGCUCCAGCGCCAGAAGCGGCUUCCGGCAGCAGGAGGUGACAAGCGAGUGACAUCGGGACACGGGUGACACGGUGACAACCGGUGACACGGUGACACCGGUGACACGGUGACACAGCGACACCCACCACACAAUAAAACCCGUGGGGUUGAUUCUG